CUGGCGGUAACGGCAGGGCGGGCAGCGGCACCGGGCUCUGCGGGCAGCGGCACCGGGCUCUGCGGGCAGCGGCACCGGGCUCUGCGGGCAGCGGCAGCAGCACCCGCAGCCACCGGGACAGGCGGCCGUGCGGCGGCGGUCUGCUUGUUUAUUCAGAGCCUUUGGAAAAUUGCUGUAGCAUUUAGAAAAGAAAAUACCCUUAGAUCCUGGAUUUUCUGAUACUGCUGGAACACUGAGGGAUUGUAAUUUGCAGCAGAGUCACAAUGAGGCGAAGCUCAAAUAUUGCUGGAAGCAGCAGUCGACAGUCUAUGAUGGCACUGAGAGUGCAGGACAACAACAAGAUGGGUCUUCAAACACCUCAGAUGAAGGACAGAAGCACCUUUGGGAAGCUGAGCACAGGGAAGCUGAGCACAAGCAAACCUACAUCUGGAGCUUCAGAAAGAAAAGUCAGCUGUUUUGGGAGCAGAGUGAGUGGGGCUGGAGGGUCGCGCAGCAGCCAGUACGGGGUGUUCGGGACAGAAAAGAUAAAGGAUCCCAGGCCUCUUCACGACAAGGCCUUCAUCCAACAAUGUAUCAAGAAGCUUUGUGAGUUCCUCGUUGAGAACGCUUAUGCCUACAAUGUUUCCAUGAAAUCACUACAAUCUCCAUCAGUUAAGGACUUUUCAAAGAUCUUCACCUUUAUCUAUAGAUUCCUCUGCCCUUCUUAUGAACUGCCUGGCUCAAAAUUUGAAGAGGAAAUUCCCAAAGUUUUUAAAGACCUUGGGUACCCCUUUGCUCUGUCAAAGAGCUCCAUGUACACUGUGGGUGCACCACACACCUGGCCUCAGAUUGUGGCAGCUUUGGUUUGGUUAAUAGAUUGUGUCAAGCUGUACAAUGCGAUCAGGGAAAAUGCACCAUCGUUCGAUGACGAACAGAGCUGGGGAGGAGAGACAGAUGAUGGAAUUGUACAUAAUAAGCUUUUCAUGGACUACUGUGUGAAGUGCUAUGGUCUUUUCAUGAAAGGGAGAGAUACCUUUGAAGAGUUCGAUGCUGAAGUGCAGUCAAAAUUAAAGGAUUUAUUUAACAUAGAUCAAUUCCAGAUGGAAAAUUUAGCAGCUGAAAACAAAAGACUUCAAGAAGAGAUUGCAAGACUAGAAAAAGAAAAAGAAAGUGAACCGGAUCGUAGAGUAACACUGCGAAACGUGAAAUCGUCUCUUCAAGCAGAUGUCCAGAAAUACCAGGCUUAUUUGGCUAAUCUGGAAUCUCACAUAGCCAUCCUUGAUCAAAAACUGGAAAGUGUUAGUGAUGAAGUUGAGACAGCAGAAAUGGAAGUAGAAGCAACGAAGCAAGAGAAUGCCCGGCUCCGGCACAUCUUAGAUAACCAAAAGUACUCAGCUGCGGACAUUGAGAGAAUAAAUCACGAGAGAAAUGAGCUGCAGCAAACCAUUAACAAGCUGACUAAGGAACUGGAAGCAGAAGAACAUCAGCUAUGGAAUGAAGAGCUAAAAUAUGCUAGGAAUAAAGAGGCGAUUGAAAUGCAACUGGCAGAGUAUCAUAAACUGGCUCGAAAGCUGAAAUUAAUUCCAGUAAGUGCUGAGAAUUCCAAAGGCCACGACUUUGAGAUUCAGUUUAAUCCUGAGGCAGGACCAAACUGCCUAGUCAAAUACAGAACUCAAAUCAAGGCUCCCCUCAUGGAGAUCAUCAAUGAGACUGAGGAAGAAAUUAGUAAAGCUACUCAACGGAAAAUGACUUUGGAAGAUACUUUGGAACAGGUGAAUGUAAUGCUAGAGGAUAAGAAACGCAGUGUGAAAAUGCUGACAGAAGAAGCUGAAAAGCUGGAUGAUCUUUACCAGCAGAAGCUUAAGGAGAUAGAAGAGGAAGAGCAAAAAUGUGCAAAUGAACUGGAAUCGUUAAAGAAGCAUAAACAGUUACUUGAGAGUGGUGUUUAUGAAGGUCUCAGUGAAGCCACAAAUGAAUUGCAUGAUCUCCAACGACAAUAUCAAGUUGUUUUGCAAACAACAACAGAAGAGAAGAGAAAAAUUGGUGCGAAUUUGAGUCGUCUUAUAGAAACAGUUGCUACUCACAUAGCAUCUAUAGUGAAAUACCUUGAUGAACAGAACACGAAAAUUUACAGAGACUAUGAAGAAUUCAUGUCUGAAGAUCUAUUGUCAGACUUGACCAGGAUCCUAGACAGUUAUAAAAAGAAGGCUGAAAGUCUCUAAUCAAUAGAAGGGUGAAGAUAAAAAUGUUGCAUUUCUGAAGCUCUGAUGGGUACUGCCUGUGAUUAGCACUGAAACUGCUUUGAAGUGGAAGGAGGUAGUUAGGAACAUUCUUUGUUUUGUUGACAGAAAUAUAUUAUAGAAUUGAACAAUAUAUUUGCAUUUUCUUAAAAAAUGCUUUGCUGAGACUUUGUACUUCCAACAGCAUAUAUAUGCUUUUAGGGCACACACAUGACAGACAGUUCAUAUCCUUCCCCAAGCCUUAUUUUACUAGCAAGACUAAAUGUAAAUGUCUCCUGCUUGUUCAGUUACCUAUGAAACUGCAGCUCUUACAUGAGUAAAAAAUCAAAACCUCUUCUGAAAAUAUGAUUAGUCCUUAUAUAGUAACCUUGUAAAUAGUCUAAAAAAAAAAGAAACACGGUAGUUUGAAAACCAAAUUUUGUCUUUAGCUGCUCAUACUCCCAGAUGAAACUUCACUGAAUUUCUUGAGUAUGUGUACCAGGGAAAGCUCUAAGUAGGACAUCAUAGGAAUUCUGGCUGUAUAUCUUAUCAGUUGUAGGUUUGAUUCACGUUAGAUACAUCAAAAUGGUCUCCAAUGUCUGUAUUCUUGUUAAGCCAGUUGGACAGAGUCUAUUUGACUUUUCUUCCUCAGGAAAGUAACAGUAAAAUAAGUGUAUGGGCAGCUCUGGUCCAAAUACUUGGAAGAAAGUGGAUCAAUGCUAUGUGCAAGUAGUAUCUUUUUAUCUAUUCAGUGUAUAAUUUUGUGUUAAAAAAAAUAAAUAAAACCCAGCAUUCAUAUCUUGGAUAGUUUAUGAUGGUAUUUCCUAAUGAAAGCAUUGAAGUAUAUUUGAGUGUUGUUUUUAGAGGUCAGAUAUUCAAAUAUACAAAGAGAAAAACAAUUUUGCAGUUGUUUAAAGGCUUUUAGCAGCUGAUGGAUAAAGGAAGCUGCUCCUUAGUUCUACAAUAUUUGAUUGAAACACGGAUCCCCAGGAUGUACAACAAAACUUGAGUUAGACCAUCUAAAUGCAGACUGCAAAUAAAAACUGAGUUGUCUAAUUCUAGGUUAUUUUUGCAGAAUGAGUUUAAAACUCAGUUGUCCUUAACGUAGUGCAUGAAUCUUCUGGCCCUCAUACAAGUAUUUUGUUUCGGAUGUGAUAAUGAUGACAUUAUUUAAGCUUCUAAUUUUCUGUUGCUUUUAUACUCCAGAAUAUUAAUUUAACAGGUAGAAAAGUCUUCUGACAGGUGGGAAGUUUUUAUGCUUUCUUUUGUUGUCCUCUUUUCUCUUAUCUUUACAGACUCUUUUUGUUUUCUGUAACAAACUAGUCUUUACUACAUCCCAGUUCCUUCUCUUUAGAAGUUUUUUUCCUUUUUUGAUCUCUUUAACAUUUUUGUUACCUAAAGCAAUGUAGCAAAACUAUGAGCUGUAUAUGAGAGCCACAUUCCUUUAAAAUAUGCACUUAUUUAAGAGCUGUGCUCUCUUGAUUACCCCAUACCUGUUUAUCUCCGCUUCUAUAAUUGAUCUUUGUUUCUUAGCAUCUGUAGGUUCCUUGCUAUGUGUAGUGAUCAGUUGAUUAAAUGGAAGCAAAAUAAAUGGCAUUUCCAAGAACUUUAUAUGAAACCUAAUGAACAUGGGUCAAAGAAUCAAAAUCACUGUGCCUCUGCUUAAUGCACUGGGAAGUGUAAUAUUCUGAAAUUAAAGUAGCCCAAAUAAUAUUAAAAAAAAAUCCCUAUUAGUAACAUUGGCAACAUGUUGUUGUUAAUGGUCUGUGUGUCAGUUAAGCUAAACUGCCUUUUGAACCACCUCAAAUUUGGAUCCAGGUUCUGUAAAAUACUAUAGGGCUGUUUGUUGUAAUCUAACACAUUAGCAUCAGCCAAUGUUUGCUAGGUACUAUGUCUUCACAAUUUAAAAAUGGAGAGAAUUUUUUAAUCUUUGUUGAACACAUCUCCUCUCUGAUAUGGGAAGUCAGGUAUUUAUUUUUGAUUUGUGUUCUGGAAUAUGCCUUUCAAAUUUAGGCAGUAGGUACUAGAACAUUACUGCUCUUGGUUUUGGUUUUGUUUCUUUAUUGGAAUAUAAAGUCUUAAUGAGAAAGUACCAUGGCACCUGUACAUUUCAGUAGUAUGAGUCAUUUGUAAAUUUUGGCUUUUGUAUGGAUACAAUUGCAUCAUUUAGUGCUAGUAUACCUUUUGUACAGUUUAACAUAUCAAGUUUUUGUGUUUUUAUACUCAACAAAAUUUCUUAUGCCUGUUUGUGUAAAGGACUGAUUCUUACUACAAGUGUAGAAAUAUGAUAUAAAAUACCAAUUAAUCUGACAAUUAAUCCUCCUUUUAAAGAUACUAAUUUCCUGGCCCUCCUUGCUGUUGAACAUGCAUUGUGUAGAGGAAAAAUAAAAUACAGAAACAUCUUCUUCAUAUAAGUUUUAGAGGAAUAAAAAUUGCUUUAACCUUUUUAAAAAUAGAUGGCUUUGUAAAAAUUCUUAGGAAUAUAGGGCCAAGCUGCUUUGACAAUGAUUUAUUUGGUGUCCUUUUGGCAUUAAUCUCAUUGACCAACCUUUUGCUAUCUUAAUAUUACAUAAGUAUUUCCUUUCUUGCAUCUGCUUUUUUAUUACAAUUAUUGAGCUAUAAAAAUAACACCUGAUGAUGUAAAAACAUGCUGGAACUCUGUAGCUU